UGCAAACGUUUUGUAUUGCUCUAGAAGUAAAAAGAAAAAUGGGUCAGGCACUUUGCUGUAUACAAGUUGACCAAUCUAAUGUUGCUAUCAAAGAAACUUUUGGUAAGUUUGAUGACGUGCUUCAGCCUGGAUGUCACUGCUUGCCUUGGUUUCUCGGGCGCCAAAUAGCUGGGCAUCUUUCAUUGCGUGUGCAACAACUUGAUGUUCGAUGUGAAACGAAAACUAAGGAUAAUGUAUUUGUCACCGUUGUUGCAUCCAUUCAGUACCGUGCAUUGGCAGAAAAGGCUGCUGAUGCGUUCUAUAAGCUCAGCAAUACAAGGUCACAAAUCCAAGCUUAUGUCUUUGAUGUUAUUAGGGCAAGUGUUCCAAAAUUGAAUUUAGACGACACCUUUGAGCAGAAAAAUGACAUAGCUAAAGCUGUGGAAAAUGAACUAGAAAAGGCCAUGUCACAUUAUGGAUACGAGAUAGUGCAAACGCUUAUUGUGGAUAUUGAGCCAGAUGAGCAUGUGAAGAGGGCAAUGAAUGAGAUCAAUGCAGCUGCUAGACUGAGAUUGGCAGCCAACGACAAAGCUGAAGCUGAGAAGAUACUGCAGAUCAAGCGGGCCGAAGGGGAGGCAGAGUCCAAGUAUCUAGGGGGCCUGGGCAUAGCUCGUCAGCGCCAGGCUAUCGUGGACGGCUUGAGGGACAGUGUCCUUGCCUUCUCCAUCAACGUGCCCGGGACGACGGCCAAGGACGUCAUGGACAUGGUGUUGGUCACUCAGUAUUUUGACACCAUGAAAGAGAUCGGUGCAUCCUCCAAGUCCUCGGCUGUGUUUAUUCCCCACGGGCCCGGUGCUGUCAAGGACAUAGCCACCCAGAUAAGGGACGGCCUCCUUCAGGCCAGCACAAAUCAGUAAGGUACGGUGGAUGAAGGAGCGGCUUUCUUCUAAACAUGUGUUAUACUUGCAAUGUCAUUACUUAAGACUGUAUAUUAGUUGUGAAUAGAGGGGGAGGAUUAUCUGGUUUUUUAUGUUUAUUGCUUUGAUUGAAUAUGGUGGGAUUUUAAGGUUGUGAACCAUGAAUGGCCUAGAUGUUGGUAGUGUAUAUUUUGGAGGCGAGGUUUGA